UGCGACGACACGUUGAGUCACUGGCUUUGAAGACGUGGUCACAAAAGGCACACGACAGCUCCAGACCGGCCCAUCAAAGAGACGCUGCAGGCCGAGUCGGGCACCUCUUCGAAGACGACCAAUUCCCACGACUGCGACUCCCCCCCUUCCGAGUCUUCGAAUCGUGCUCAACAACCAUGGCCGAGCCCGAAGCUCCCACCCAGGCCCCUCCGGCCGCCGCGCUGGACCCUGUCGCGCCGGCUGCCAGCAAGCAGGUGGUCGACCCGUGGAACGUGGCCGGCGAGAUUGGCGAGGACGGCAAAGCCAAGGCGAUCGACUACAACAAGCUGGUCGAGGAGUUUGGCACCAAGCUCAUCGACGAGGACCUCCUCCAGCGCUUCGAGCGCGUCACCGGCCACAAGCCACAUCGCUUCAUGCGCCGCAAGAUUGUCUUCAGCGAGCGCGACCUCGGCCUCAUCCUCGACCGCUAUGAAAAGGGCGAGCCCUUCUUCCUGUACACGGGCCGUGGGCCUAGCAGCGACAGCAUGCAUGUCGGCCACACCCAGGUGUUUGACUUCUGCAAGUGGUUGCAGGAUGUCUUUGAUGUGCCAUUGGUCAUCAUGUUGACAGAUGACGAGAAGUUCCUGUUCAGCGAAAAGAGGACAGUCGAGGAGGUCCGCGGCUACGCCAAGACCAACGCAGCCGACAUCAUCUCUAUCGGUUUCGACCCGGCCAAGACCUUCAUCUUCUCCGACUACGACUUCAUGGGCGGCGCCUUCUACCGCAACGUCACCCGCUUCGCCAAGAUGGUCACGUACAACACGGCAAAGGCAGUCUUUGGCUUCAACGACAGCUCCAACAUUGGCAAGAUCCACUUUGGCGCCAUCCAGGGCGCCACGGCCUUUGCCACGACCUUCCCGCACAUCUUUGGCGACGACGAGGCCCGCGUGGCCAAGAUACCCUGCCUGAUCCCCUGCGCCAUCGACCAGGACCCGUACUUCCGGGUCACGCGCGACUGCGCCGCCCGGCUCAAGUACGCCAAGCCGUCGCUCAUCCACGCGCGGUUCCUCGACGCCCUCCAGGGGCCCGGGUCGAAAAUGUCGGCCAGCAAGGACGAGUCGGCCAUCUUCAUGAGCGACUCGCAGAAGAAGAUCAAGGACAAGAUCAACAAGUACGCCUUCUCCGGGGGGCAGGUCUCGGCCGAGGAGCAGCGCCUCAAGGGCGGCAACCCGGACGUCGACGUGUCGUACCAGUACCUGACGUUCUUCAUGGAGGACGACGAGGAGCUGGCCAAGAUUGGCGAGGACUACAGGACGGGCAAGCUGCUGACAGGCGAGCUCAAGGCAAUCUGCAUAAAAUACAUGCAAGAGUACGUCGCGGCAUUCCAGGAGCGCCGCGCCAAGGCAACGCCCGAGAUCGUCGCCCAGUUCAUGUCUCUGCGGCCGCUGACCUGGAGGGGCAACCCCAAGGCGCCGUACAUCCACGACCUGGCAGCCGCGACGGGCGGCCUCAGCGUCCAGGACGGCGCCGCCGCGGGCGGCGAGGGCGACGGCAAGAUGACCAAGAACGCGCUCAAGAAGCUCGAGAAGGAGAAGCAGAUUGCUGCCAAGAAGGCGGCCAAGGCUGCGGCCAAGUCUGGCGGCGGUGAUGCUUCCACGACGCCAGCAGCGGAGUAGAGCGGGAGUUCAUAGAUUAUAUAUCGAGACGAAAUCACGAUGAAUGAACAAAAGAGAAAGAAGAAGAAAAACCAGAAAUUUACAUGCCAAG